AUGGCUACGUCGAGAAUCUUCAUCAAGGGCCUUCCGCCCAGUAUCACCGAGGCGGAGUUGCGUAAGCACUUCUCCGCCGGCGGCCGUGAGAUCACAGACAUCAAGCUGAUCCCCCAGCGACGCAUCGGCUAUGUCGGCUACAAGACGCCAGAGGACGCCUCCAAGGCCGUCAAGUACUUCAACAAGUCGUACGUGCGGAUGUCUAAGAUUGCUGUCGAGUCGGCGAAACCCAUCUCAGACCCGUCCCUGAGUAAGAACCAAGGACACGCCCGGUCGGCUGGGCCCUCUGCACCAGGGAAGAGGAAAUCGCCCGAAGAUGCCACCGACCCGAGUGAUUCGGUCUCGAACAAGAAGACCAAGAAGGAUGAAUCACAGCGCCUGCCUGACGGCAAGCUGCGUGAGUACCUACAGGUCAUGGGAACAACCAAGGAGGGAGUCUUCGCGGACCCCGCUGCGGCCGAUCCCAACGAGGCUGAGCCAGUACCCAAGCUUGACGUCCCAGAGGGCGAGAGCGACGGCGAGUAUGAGCAGAUACCCUCACGUCGGGAGAAGCCCAAGCGGGCUGAGCCUGCAGUGAAUGGCUCUGCCUCACAUGCCCCGGUACCCUCGCACGAUCAGAAUGCUCAGCCUCCGCAGCUCAGCACAAAAACUGAAAGUCCACCUGUGGAACCAGAGGACUCUCAGGCACAGGCACAGAGCGCGCCUGCAACAGCCCCGCCAGCCACUGACGAUGACUGGCUCAGGUCACGGACCAACCGUCUCUUGGAUCUUGUUGACCCUGAUGAAUUGCCACAACCAAAGGCUGAGACAGAACCUUCUCCGCCAAUGCAGGAACCAGACAGCGCAGCGGCAGACCCCAAGGUGUCCCCUGAAGAGAGUGUCUCGAUCCCGAACAUUGACAAGGAUGCCAUGGACGUUGAUCGGCAAGAGCAGGGUGACAGCACGGAGGACACCAUACGGCGCACAUCGCGCCUGUUUGUGAGAAACCUCCCCUACGGUGCUACUGAAGACGACGUCCGGUCAUUCUUUGACGAGUUUGGUGUUAUGGAAGAGGUACAUUUGCCCGUGGACAAGGCCGGGACGCCCAAAGGCUUCGCCCUUGUGCAAUUUGCCGAUGGGUCAGAAGCAGUUGAAGCAUUCCAGUCCAAAGAUGGAUCGACGUUUCAGGGACGCAUCAUCCACAUCAUUCCAGGCAGCGCCAAAAGGGAGACAGGCUUGGAUGAAUUUGAGAUUUCCAAGCUGCCCUUGAAGAAGCAGAACCUAAUCCGGAAGCGGGCAGAGGCAGCGUCCAACACGUUCAACUGGAACUCCCUGUACAUGAACCAAGACGCUGUGAACACGUCGGUGGCGAAUCGCCUCGGCGUCAGCAAGUCGGAGCUUCUGGACCCUACAUCGGCUGAUGCCGCCGUCAAGCAGGCGAUUGCAGAGACCACUGUCAUCCAGGAGACCAAGGCCUAUUUUGCAAGCAAUGGCGUGGACCUGAACGCAUUUAAAUCGCAUAAGCGAGGUGACGAAACCAUUUUGGUCAAGAACUUUCCCUACGGGACGACGAUUGACGAGCUACGAACUCUAUUUGAGGAGUCAGGGCCUGUGCUGCGUGUGUUGAUGCCGCCCAGCGGGACGAUUGCGGUUGUUCAGUUCGCGCAGGCGACUCACGCCAAGGCUGCAUUUGGCAAGCUUGCCUAUCGCCGCAUUAAGGACAGUGUACUGUUUCUGGAGAAGGGUCCAAAGGGCCUGCUCAAGUCGACCAGCCUGCCAUCGGGGACGAAUGAGUCGGAUCGGCCGAUUGGCGCCAAGGCCAAGGGGUCCCAAAAGUUAAGCGUAGGCGACCUCUUGACAGGCGGCGAGAAAGCGGAGCAGGCGGACCAACCGGUGGAUACCACAUCGCUGUUUGUGCGCAACUUGAACUUUGACACGUCGACGAGUGCACUGGCUGAGGCCUUUGAAGGCCUCGACGGGUUUGUCUCGGCGCGCGUCAAGACCAAGACGGAUCCCAAGAAGGCAGGGCAGACGCUCAGCAUGGGAUUCGGGUUUGUGGAGUUCAAGACCAAGGAGCAGGCGGGUGAGGCGAUUAAGGCCAUGGACGGGCACGUCCUGGAUGGGCACACCCUCACAGUCAAGGCGUCACACCGGGGUCUAGACGCCGCUGAGGAGAGACGGCGCAGCGACAAGCAGCGAAGCCAGGCGGGGCAGCGGACCAAGCUCAUUGUCAAGAACUUGCCCUUCCAGGCGAGCAAAAAGGACAUACGGGCACUAUGCGGGACGUACGGCCAGCUACGAUCCGUCCGCGUUCCAAAGAAGGCGGAUCAUACCGCAAGGGGAUUUGCUUUUGCCGACUUUGUGACCCCCCGUGAGGCGGAGAACGCACUAGAGGCCCUUCGGGACACCCACCUUCUCGGGCGUAAGCUGGUGCUGGACUUUGCAGAGGCAGAGGCGGCAGACGCCGAGGAGGAGAUUGACAAGAUGCAGCGCAAGGUCGGUGGCCAGAUGAACAAGAUGGCCUUGCAGCAGCUCACGGGCAAGGGCCGCACGAGGGUGACCAUUGGCGAGAAUGAGGAGGACGAGGGGCUCUAG